AUGCUUAGCAACGCAAGCUCAUUCGCAAAGAACUUUGCCCUUCCAAACCCAUCAUAUGGUAGUCGCCGUCCCAUCAACAUUAACUCAAUUAAUCAGCAAUUGAUUCAAUCUCAAUACGGAGUUCGUGGACAUCUCAACACAAUUGCUGAUCAAUUUAUGAAACGCAUUAGAUCAGGCGAGAAAAUGCCAUUCAAGGAUCUCAUUCAGUGCAGUAUCGGUAAUCCUUUUGCUGUCGGAAAAUCUCCACUUUCAUUUACAAGACAAGUUGUUGCCUGCAUUGAAGAUAGAUCAUUACUCAACUUACCACAAAUGCCCGCCGAAGUUAAAGAUCGCGUAAAUGUUAUCCUUAACUCAAUGGCAUGCGAAUUUGGCGGUUACACAAAAUCCGCUGGUAUUGACAUUGUUAGACAACAUGUUGCAGAAUUCAUCAACAAGAGAGAUGGAUAUCCAACAAAACCAGAUGAUAUUUUCUUAUCUUCUGGUGUAAUUGAUGCAAUUGUCUUCCUUUUGACAUUACUUAUCAAUAACGACAACGUUGGUAUCAUGAUGCCAUUCCCAACAUACCCAAUCUAUGCAAGUGAAACCAUUUUAAGACACGGAAAAGUUGUUCCUUUCUAUCUUAAAGAAUCUGAUGAUUGGUCCAUCGAUUUAUUCGAUCUCCAGCAAUCAUAUACAGAAGCUACAAAGCAGGGAAUCGAUAUUCGUGCAAUGGUUAUUGUAAAUCCUUGCAAUCCAACAGGUCGUGUUCUUUCUGCUCAAGAUAUGCGUACAAUCAUCGAGUUCUGCGAUCAAAACAAGAUCUGCAUCAUCGCUGAUGAAGUUUACCAAGACUGUGUUUACAAUUCAGCCAAACCAUUCAUAUCCUUCAAGAAGAUGGUUUCACAAGUGAAGUCUGAUGUCCAAUUAAUUUCCCUCCACUCAAUUUCCAAGGGAUUCAUGGGUGAAUGCGGCCACAGAGGCGGAUACAUGGAAUUAUAUCAUUUUCCAAUUGAUGUCAAGGAGCAGAUCUCAAAGAUGUCCACAUAUUCGCUUUGUCCAAACACUGUUGGCCAAGUUAUCCUUGAUACAAUGGUUCAUCCACCAGAAUCUGAUGAAUGCAAGUCAAUUUGGGACCAACAGAAGGCCAGUUACAUCGAGAACCUCAAAGUCAAGUCAGAGGAACUCUAUGAGUGCUUGAAUAAGUUACCAGGUAUCUCUACAAAGAAGGCUGACGGUGGAUGGUACUUAUUCCCAUCUCUUAAGUUACCUCUCAAGGCUUUGGAAGCAGCAAAGAGCUGCAGAAUUGGCCGCAAAGUUCAACCACCUGAUUUCUUCUGGUGCCUCAAGUUACUUGAAGAAACUGGUGUCCAAAUGAACCCAGGAUCUGGUUUCGGACAAGUUCCAGGAACAUCACACUUCAGAUCAACAUUCCUUGCUGAAGGAAAGAUGUUCGAUGAAGCUUUAGAAAGAAUCACUGAAUUCCAGAAUAAUUUCAUGAAGAAAUAUGAUUAA